AUGGCCCAGAACGAUGCAUGGGUUGAUAAUCAUAGAGAGGAUGCUGAGCCAAAUAGUCCGCCAAGGCGCUUCCCUUUAUCGCUUUUUGGGUUACGUAGACUAUGUCGAACUCGGAUAGCAAAACCUACCACCGAGCGAUCCGCCCGUGAGAGCGGGCUUCUCAAAUAUGUACUUGAUCGAGUCCAUCUUGGAUACCAGCCAGGUGGUAUGGCUCAGCAUGUACUCUUUGGUGCUAGAAUGUUCAAUUUUGAGUCCACAAGAGGAGGAUCUCCAUAUGGUGCUGGAGUUUUUGCUGGAGAUGGUACAAGACAAGCAAGUGACAUGGAGCUGGAGCUUGCAGAGUAUCAUGGCAAGUAUAUAUGA